AUGGACAACGGUAGACAGAGAUUCGGACUAUUGGGGUACAUUUUGGCCAGCACACUUAUUGCCAUACAUAAGCUUGCGGCGCUCUACGACGAAUCCCCCAACUUUUACGUCUUAGGUGCCAAAGUAUCACACGGAGAUGCGGUGAUUAUAUUUGGGAAUUUGCUAGUCUCAAUGUUUUUCGGGGCUGGUAUUCUGUUGCAGAAUUUAGUGUUUGGGGAGUUGCGGUUGAUCGAAGUGGAGCAUCUAUACGAGAGGUUGUGGCCGACUAUAAUUUCACUUGUAGUGUCGGCAAACAUCUAUAAAUCGAGUGAGAACUCCUUCUUAUUGAUUAUCUCCUCGCUUGGAUUGGUCACUUCCAAGGUGUUCCAUUGCAUAGUGGUGGACCGGCUAGAUUUUCUGAUUCAACAGCAUUACCAGAGAAACGACCAAAAAAUAUGGAAGAUUCUAGUCAAUAGGGUAAUUCUUUUACUUAUUGCAUUGUUAAGAAUGGAUAUUUUCAUGAUUGUGUCUUGCAUUGACGAAUCAUUUAUUCACAAGUCUCCGUUACUACUGGUCUUGUCAUUUGAGUUUUUCCUAUUGUGCAUAGACUUGUCUUAUGCUACUGUUAAGUUUUCCCUUGAUGUUUUCGAACUCUAUUACCUACAGAAGUACCCCGAGGAGGAGGUUUGGGCAUGGAAGAAAUGGAUUGAUUCAAUAACCAAAGUAAUUAUAAGCUUGAUCAAGACAAUUAUGAUACCCACAUUGCUUUUAUUUUUCGCCAUGCUAGAAAGUUUCCCAUUUAACUUGUUUGGCGAGUUAUUCACUACAAUUUUGCAGCUAUUCAAAUCAGUUUCGAAUUUAUUUAGAUUGAUAAAAAGCGCCAAGCGUUUGAACGAUUGUUUGGGCUAUCCGACAGAGGAGGAGUUGAACGACUGCGACAUUUGCAUCAUAUGUAGGGACGAUCUAACGAUGGGUGGCACUGGUACAAGCCGAAGUGUACCACGGAAACUGAAUUGUGGACACAUAUUACACGACGGGUGUAUUAGAAGCUGGUUGGAGAUGUCAAAUGCUUGUCCAACCUGUAGGAAGGACGUUAUUCCCGGCAAGGACAGUGAGAGAGGAGGCCGGCGGAACCAACAAGAGGCGGAACAAAUUGAACUACAAGCUCGUGUUGAAGGUCCAGAGCGAGAGGAGCAAGUACCACAAGUUGAAGAAGCUGCUGAAGAGCCACUUGGGGGGCACGUUGACCAUGUUGUCACGCCUGCUGUGCCGACACCCACGAUGCCACCGUCACCAUCACCACCUACAGUGCCGGCGGAGGAGGAAGAGUACAGUCGGUAUUUCGAAGGGGUGCCUAUGGAAGCGCCAACGACUGUGGAUAGAUAUGGGGACACUUACACUGGCACCGUUGGCAACAGUAGCGGUAUCAGCAACAAGCUUGGUCAAGUGAUGUCACGGAUUGGCGGGCUGGAGCUCAACGACGGUCAGAGGAGACAGUUUGAACAUGCACAGGCUUUGCUUGAAGGAGAAGGAGAGGGAGUUGUUGAUGACGAAGAGUGUGACUUUGUGCAUGAGUUGCCACCGGGGAGUGAAGUUCCUGGUGACUGGACUAUUUUCCCCGUGGAGAAAGGAAGUAAAGAGGACGAGUUUAGAGUACGGGUUGGACGGUCGACGAGGUUAAGGGUUCGGCGAGUUAGAAACGGACGACUUGUUGAUGAGGAGACGUUCAACAAGUACACGAGAUGA